CGCUGUGAUUGGCCAAUGAGAGCUGGCUUACCUGGCAAGCGAGGCAAAAGUUCGGCGGCUGGGAUCUGGCAGGAGUGGGCGUGGCCAGUUCUGGGAGAGAAAGCUCGAGGAAGGAAGUUCGAAAAAUGUCCGAAGUGAAGAGCGGAUGUUCCAACACCUCCUCGCCGACGCUUUGACGGCCAAACAUGGCGUCCGAGGGGAAGUUCCACGGCGGGGAACUUCUGGAAGUUGACAUAUGCGACGUCGAGGACGACUUCUGCGGCUUCCAGCGGUGGAAGAGCCCCGACGACGACGCACCGUUGUCCCCGGCGCCGGAGCAGGUGUCCGGGUCCGCGGGGACUGACGACGGCGACUCAGACGCGCGGAACCCGAGGACGUCCAUCGUGGACGGCCUGCUGGUGGAGCUCUACGAGACGUACAGCGGCGGCCGGAGGAACGCGGACAGCUGGGACAGUUCCACCGAGGCGUCCGGGCCGGACGGCUUCCUGGGCCGGUCCAACACCGGCUCCAGUUUCCUCCAGGAGCUCCAGGAGAAACACACCAGGAGGCACCAGGUCCACUACCUGCACCAGAAAGAGCAUGCUGGAGGACCAGGAACUCUUUGGGGACAUCUCAGCCAUCUCACUAGAGGGCGCUGCUGCUCACACGUAUGACUGAAAGUCUUCUUUAGUGACAUCCAGAAAAUACUACAAACUUGUGUUUUCUGCGUACAAGUCAGUAAUAUUCAUGCAUUUUACACAGUUUUUAUGGUUUUUUAGCAAUAAACAAUUCAACAAAGA